AUGCCGGCAUCCCGCCUAUUUGUCCAUGUAAACUCUGCUCACGGCCCAGGAACUACUUCUCUUGCCUUCUCCCUUGACGGAUUACGCGUCUACACCGGCGGUGCUGACAGUUUGGUCCGGUUAUGGGACGCGGAGAAAGGAGAGGACCAGGAACCACCAAGCGCUGCCGAGGCGGCCGAUGAGAUCAGUACACUGGCACCUGCGACUGGCUGCUGGCUCUCUGGCAGCAAGGAUGGCGACGUCAGACGAUACAAGAAUCUGGCACCUGGCUCCGAGUCGACACCCAUUUUUACCGGUCUUGUUGCAAGCGCAAAAGGAGUUGCGAUCCGAUGUGUUGCGGUGGAUCCUAAGGGACAGAGGGUCGCAGUCACCUCAGAUGAACCCAAUAUAAAACUCGUGGACCUCGACGAUAUCACGAAAGUCGUCAUACUCGAAGGCCACACCAAAGCAGUUCGAAGGGCAACCUGGCAUCCAUCUGGAGCUCUCCUCACUACUACUGGUGCAGAUGGCAAGAUCAUUGUGUGGGAUGUCUCAGGGAACGACGCGAAAGAAGAGAAGGUGAUCGAGGGCUUGGCCCCCUCGGUCUCAGACACAGAGUCGGAAGAGUUUGGACACGACUGCUCCGCGGUAUGGCAUACAUCAGGACAAUAUUUCUUCACCGCAACUCGCACGCAUGAGAUUGCCACGGUCUUACGAAGCAAUUGGUCCAAGUCCUCCACAUUGUCGGAUGAUGCUUGCACCGGUGCGAUUACCGCACUUACACUGUCGAAGAACGGGGUGUACCUGGCAGCCGCGUCCAAGUCUGGCAUUUUCAUUUGGGCAACACAGACCAAGCAGAUGCUCAUUCGAUACCAGGGCUCGCUGACCUCGCCAAUCAACCAAAUGCUCUUCUCCCCCACCAAGAAUCUUCUCGUCUGGGUAGAUUCUUCCGGUGACUUGACCCGCUGGCGAGACCCUAUCCCUUCAUCGCGCCCUGACCCGGUCAAGUUGAGCGCGGGUACCACUACUAUGGGAAUUGUCGUGAAACGGAGGGGCACCCCAACGUUGUUCGACGAUGACGCCGAUGUAGCAGCCGCGGGCUCAGCAAAUGAGAAACAUGUGGAGUUUGACGACGACUUAGGCAUCGACCUGGACAACGACGAUUGGGUAUUGGACGACACUGACGGAGGGCUAAAUGAUGAUGACGGGGAAGCAAGACGUCUGGCCUCCGAAGGAGGUGUCAGAGAAAUGGUCAGCGUGACCAAAGCUCAGACUGCUUUCCAAACCGGCUCAACGCCAAUGGACAACAAGAAGCGCUAUCUUGCCUACAACAUGGUUGGUGUCAUCGAAGUGACCGACCAAGAUACUCACCACAUCGUCAACGUCGAAUUCCACGAUCGGUCUGCACGGAAAAGCUAUCACUUUACCGAUCAUUUCCGCUACGACAUUGCCUCCCUCGGUGAACGUGGCGCACUCUACGCCUGUCAACCUGAGACCGGGCACCCCGCCCAUGUCAUCUACAAGCCUUAUGGUUCAUGGGCCUCCCAGUCGGAAUGGACCUACGAGCUACCGAAGGGCGUGCGAGUACUGGGAGUUGCUGCCGGUGGAACUCCACCGUCCAAGUCAUUGCGAGACAGGAAUGACGUCGACAUCGGAGGCCAGGGCAACGUCGUAAUUUCUACCAGUGACGGCGAGCUCAUCUUCUUGAGCGGGAGCGGCAUCGAGCGCACCUGUCUCAGCAUACCCGGUGACUUCGUCACGAUGGUGGCUGGCAGCGAAUGGGUUUUUGUCGUCACGCGUGAUGGCAGCACUACGAUGGACGGAUCACAGAACUUGAUGAGUAGACUGAUCAAGUUCGACGAUUUCUGCAUACUGCAACAAGGUAUUCUCCCAAUCCCCAAGCGGCAUACACUGAAAUGGGUUGGUGUAACGGAGGAAGGGGCUCCAGCCAUUUACGAUUCCGCUGGCAUACUCAAUACUAUGCCCCGCUUCCGCAUACCACUCUCUGCGACGUGGAUGCGAGUACUGGAUACAAACCGACUGGAACGGCGCGAGGGCAAGGACGAGUCUUACUGGCCUGUAGGCGUCGUGGGUGAGAACUUCAUGUGUUUAAUCCUGAAGGGUCGGCAAGUACAUCCAUCUUUCCCUCGGCCUCUCAUCCAAGACCUGCCAAUCCGGUUGCCCUUCAAGCGAACAGAGCCCAAGGAGGCACCGCUAGAGGAACAGUUCGCGCGCGAAAGCAUGCUUCUCGACAUUAUUCGCGACGGCCUCGGUGAAGAGCUCACCUCCGACUCUCUCACCUCCCGCGAGCUCGCACUCGACAAGGUCCUCAUCCAGCUCAUCCAGCACGCCUGCAAGACCGACCGCCUUGCCCGCGCCCUCGACCUCACGCGCAUGCUCCACCUCCUCCCCUCCUUCGACUCCGCGAUCAAGAUCGCCGGCUUCUACCACCUCAUCGGCCUCCAGGAGAAGAUGGAGAUCCUCAAGGAGGACCGCCAGGAUGACGACCGCCUCGAGGGCCUCCGCGAGCGCCGCCGCCAGCUCGCCGGCGACUUCGCGCCCGUCCCCGCGCUCCGCCUCCCUGGGGCCGGAGCCUCGGGGCAAGGGUCGAGCAAGCCGAAACCGUUCCAGGACUUUCGCCCGCCGCCCGCGCUGCACCGUCCCGGGCUGGAGCGUGCGCGCGCGGCGGAGGUGCCGUCGCAGAUGUCUGAGGACAGCACCGUCUUCGGGCCGUCGUUCGCGGACAACACCCAGACGCAGGAUAGUGAUUGGUCGUCACCCGACGGCAAGCGGAAGCGCGCCGCGGACGACGAGGGCGCUGCCACUGAGGUUGAUGCCGGCGCGAAGCGUCGCGCGUUCGCCCCGGAGUCCGCCUCGACCACGUUGAAACCCGCCGCCAGGAGUAACCCCUUCGCCCGUAAGCCGGGCGCAGACAACGGUCGGAACCCGUUCUCUCGGAGCGCGGAUGCGAACAAGUCGCUGCACAAGAGCGAGAGCUUUUUCACGAAAGUCGACGCUGCGGAAGCCGACAAAGGCAAACGCUCCGCGCCAGCGAAAGGCAAAGGGAAGGAGAAGAAAGAGAUCGGCCGUCAGACAACGCUCUUCGGUCUUCCGCCCGGUCAGACUGUAGAGAAGAAGGCGGCCGGGCGGAAGAAGAAGGCCGGCACUCCUGCAGAGGACUCGCAAGAGUCAGAGUUGAAGACCCAGGCAACUGAUGAGCCACAAACAGACGUCGCGAUGGAGGACUCUCAGGCAGACACCUUGUCUGGGGGCGACACGCAACUGGAAGAGCCCACUCGGCUGGUGAAUGGGCAGGCUGAGAAUGACGAGGUCAUUGAAUGGCCUGACUCCCCUGAGCCUAAUGGGAAACAGCUCGAGGUAGAGGCAGAUUGA